UCUCUCUCUCUCUCUGCGUUCGAGGGAGCUCGUGCAUCACAACAGAGAGGUCCCUCACUCAUUCGUCCUUCUAAAGCAGGCACGGAAAGCUGCGUUCAUGCCAAAAUGGGAUGUGGAAAUUCCUCCGCCACCAGCACUACAGCAGGAGGUCCAGCAGAAGUUGCCAAGGAUGUGACAGAAGAACCUUCACCAGAUGAUGAGAAACGAAGGAACUAUGGAGGAGUGUAUGUGGGCCUUCCUGCUGAUCUGACCACAGUAGCUGCCAGCCAAUCAAAAUCCACACGUAAAGACUGAAGGCAGAUCACAUGAAACGACAACGAACCAAAGUUCUGCAGUGGCUGAUUUACAACGGAUAUUGAGACGAUAUUCGAGGAUCAAGCUGAGAACUGGUCGGCACUUCGGAAUGACAUCACCGUGACAUCAUACCGGCUGGCGUACAGAAGGGUUCUGUUCGGAACACUGAGCAUUAUUGUGACUAUGAAUGUAGACUCUGUUGCCAUGGUGACCGGCGACCCCCCUGACCUCUCCCUCCGCCAGGAGGACAUCCUGGUAUUUCGGAGUCACCAUGGCAGGGCAUUUCCUAAGUCUGGAGACCCCUCAGACCCGAUCAACUGUACGUCUCUGCAAUAACAGACUUUACUGAAUCUAUUCUUUCAGUUUUUCUGAAAUCUGAGAGCUGAAAAGGAUGAUGUAAAUAUUUUACACACGGUAUGUAAGCACGAAAGAUGUUUAGCACUAACAUGACUAGAGCUGUUGACAUGACUACUAAUUAAUAUAUAGACUGUAGUUUUCUUAUACACUUUGAUAGCAACUCACUAUUAAAGUUAACGCUUAUAUUAAUAGCAUUUACUAAUCGAAGAGUUCUAUUUAUUCUAUUUCAGGUUAUUUGACCUGUGAUUGUACCAUUAACAUUUUUAGUGACUAAUGUGUAUUCUGUAUAUGACUUUAAAAAAUAUGAGAUUUUAAGAAAUGGAAUCUGUGUCUGCAUCUGGAAAAUUAUCUAUCUGCAUCUACAUUUUGAAAAAUAAAGGUGUCAGGUUGAACCCAAAAGGAGUUUUUCCCAGAGAUGCAACCUUUUCAUGCAUGUUCUUUAUGGGGGAAAAACUGUCAACAAAGAACCUUUAUUUUUAAGAGUUUAAAUGCUUAUUUACACUUUUCCAUUCAAAGGUUUGGGAUCAGUAAGUUUCUUUAUUUCUUAUAUUAUUUC